CAGUGGGCCGGCUAGAGUCUAGGACAUGGAUUCCCAGGGAGUUGAUCGCUCGAAUUAAAAUAGUCACCAUUGCCUCUACUGGAAGUUUCUCAAGAACAAUCACCCGACAGCGGCUCAGAAGAGCAGCGUUGACCUGGAAGGAAGGAUUUUCUGUGGUGGCCCCGAUCAGAGUAAUCGUCCCACAUUCCACGUGAGGAAGGAAAGUGUCCUGAUCAUGGGAGGAAAACAGAAGAAAUUGAUUGCAGUUAAUAACCACCUACAGAACUCUAUCCAAGAAAAAGGGGCGCUCAAACGUCAUGACUGCAUAACGGCUUCCAGACCGGAGACAGAGGCCGAUGCAAACCCCAGGCGAGCCAGUGACCUGAUCGGACUCACCGCCAGGAUGCUCAAGGUGAACCGGCGGGAAGAAAUCAGCACCUGCUGCAGCAGUGCCCGGCUGCAGAAACCGGCCCUGUUUCAGUGCAUGCCAAAGACUGAGAACGUGAAAUGUUUGCUGGAUGAAAAUCCCGGUGAGCGGGAUUCAAGGUCUGGAAAGAAUGAGGCUAAAGAGAAGGUGUGGUCCUACUCAGGCCUCAAGGAAACAACACCUGUCACAAGCAACAGGACCUCAACCCUCACAGAGGAUGUGCCUGCUCCGCCUGCCCCAUUCGAUCAUCGCGUGGUGACAGUCAAGCCAGCAGCUGUCAGCAGUUUUUAUUCUGUGAGCAGGACAGAGAUUUUGGGAGGGGGGCGCUUUGGCCAAGUGCACAAGUGUGAAGAGAAAGUCACGGGACUGAAACUGGCAGCUAAAAUCAUUAAGACCAGAGUCACUAAAGACAAGGAUGAGGUGAAGAACGAAAUCAGCAUCAUGAACCAGCUGGACCAUGUGAACCUCAUCCAGCUAUAUGACGCCUUCGAGACGAAGAACGAUAUGGUCUUGGUCAUGGAGUAUGUGGACGGAGGGGAGCUAUUCGACCGAAUCAUCGAUGAAAACUGCAAUCUGACUGAGCUUGAUACCAUCCUGUUCAUCAAGCAGAUCUGUGAGGGAAUCAGGCACAUGCACCAGAUGUAUAUCCUCCAUUUGGACCUGAAGCCUGAGAAUAUCCUGUGUGUGAACCGAGAUGCUAAACAAAUCAAAAUUAUUGAUUUUGGAUUGGCCAGAAGAUAUAAGCCCAGAGAGAAGCUGAGGGUGAACUUUGGCACCCCAGAAUUCCUCGCCCCUGAGGUUGUCAACUACGACUUUGUCUCCUUCCCGACAGACAUGUGGAGCGUCGGAGUCAUCGCCUACAUGCUACUUAGUGGCCUGUCCCCUUUCCUGGGCGAUAACGAUGCAGAGACCCUCACUAACAUCCUGGCCUGUGCAUGGGACCUGGAAGAGGACGAGUUCCAGGAUGUCUCGGAGGAGGCCCGGGAGUUCAUCUCCAAGCUCCUGAUUAAGGAGAAAAGUUGGAGAAUCAGCGCCAGCGAAGCCCUGAAGCACCCUUGGCUAUCCGACCCCGAGCUGCACUCCAGACUCAGUGCGCAGAGGCAGAGAAAGAAGAAUUGCUUCCCUGAUACCCAGAAUCAUGGGACCAAAUAGUCUACAUAAGGAUCCUAUUUGAAAGGAAAACUGCCGUGGCUGCUGCUGCUGUUGCAGGGAGAAGAUUUUGGAAAAAAUCAGCAGUUCUGAUGCCUUGACCCCUGAGAUGACUGGCAGGGGCCUUAGCCAGUGGAGCCACCCGCUUUCUUGAGCAGCAGAGCACCUAAGGGACCCACGGAGAGACCCAGGAAGUGCAGGCACCGUGCCUGCAUCCCAUGCCUUCCAUCCCAUCUCCCCUUUGGAAGCUCACCCUUGGGAAGAUGUCUGCCUGACUUUUUUAGCUUUGAUUUUUUUUUUAUCUCCUUCUUUGGUCUCCGUUGCUGAGUGAGGGGUUACGUGAUGCCUAUUUCUCAGAUCACUAGAGAAAUCAUGUGUUUGGUAUUGACUGAUGUCCAAUGGGCUCCAGCUCAGAGCAACCCCCUUGCACAAUGGGAUGGGACCUUUGUCAUUCAUUGGAUGUUUACUGGCUGACUUUCCAAGUACAUUUCCCGGUCUUUCUUUUCUAGUCUGUCUUAGUUUGGAAGCUCUGUUGAAACCAGCCUGGUGGCGGCCCACAAAGUGUCUUGGUCUGGAAUCAUGGUCUUCUACAUGGAAGGUGAAAUCAUACGUGAGAUUUCAUUUGACCUUUUGAAAUCCGAGGAUGCAUUUAGAGGGAGAAAAUAGCAGCAAGUAAUUAAACUAUGCCUUAAAGAGCUAUUUAUAUGGCCAGAAAAAAAAUCCCAAGUCUGUCACGCCCUUAAACACGUCAUUUCUCUGACUUGAUUCUUUUCAUUUGGUCUGAAAGCAGAUGAGUUCAAUGGAUCGAUAAUUUUCUUUUAGAAACAUACGACCUCUCUGAAUUCUGAAGGACAAGCCAUCUGACCCUGUCUCUUCCAUUCAUUCUGAAUUCUCCCCCCAAGCACAUUCAUUUCUUUAAAGUAGCUGAUUCUGCUUUCAAAUGAGUAAAACACAUUUUCGGAGUUCACUUCCUGGUUUCUUCUCAUCCAUCCACAUGAGACACCCUAGGAUGUAGAGGUGAUGCAAGAAGUCUCAAUUGAUUGUUGAUCUUCAAAAUGACAACCUCUGAAGUUUUCCCUCAAAUCCCAACAGUGAAGGAAGGAGGAGCUUGGCUUCCGGUGGUAGGUGUAAUUUGGGAAACAGCUCCCAAUCUCUGGGUAAAUGCAAAUAUUUAUUAAGACCAGUCAUCCCACCUAUGCAUAGCCUUAGUGACUUAGUGGUGAUUGAAUUCAGCACUAAACAAAAUUAUAAAAACAAACAAAAGCAAAAACAAAACCAGAAUUUAAUGCUGAAAAUCAGUGGACUGCUUUGUUCACUUUUUGGACAGGAGAAUGAUUUCCAAUCAGAUUCUUCUUAUUCCCUGGGGUCGUGUGUCAUUUCAUGAGAGGUCUCUAAUAAGGGAAAUGUUCUCUACUACACAUGGUCAAUGCUUGGGCAGAAGGCACAGGGUUUGGAAAAGCAAGACCUGUGGCUCAUUUCUUUGUGAAGAGGAGACCAGGCAACGCCACACUGAACCCCUAUUGUAUGUCCAACAUGAGACAUGCGUAGCUUCUCAAGCUCAUUUCCCAUUGUCGGUUGCCAAGACUCUCUGGUGAAGAUCCGCUCGAAUAAUACCUUUAUCUUGAUCAGUACCUCAUUCUGCCCUACCAUUGUCACGAGAGCACGCAAAGGUAUCACAAAUGACUUGGGUGCUGUCUUAGCAGGGACAGAUCUCAUUUGAAUUGGCUUUUUAAAAUGAUUUCUCAUAUCCUCUCAGUGAAUCCUUAUAGCAUACCCAAGAAUAACUCAACGCCCUUAGUCUCAUGUCUAAGGUAAGGGGAAAUAGAGAGAGGAGAAAAUGUGUAAUUUGGAUAAGGCCACAUGCCAAUUUUGUGGUCAUGCUAGGCAAGAAACUGGCUUCUUUCUAGCCUUUGCUCUUAGGUUAUGAUGCACUUCUCCUUUCCUUUGGCAUAUGCAUUUAUCCAAGUUUGGUUUCUCCUGUUCCUGUUAUGUGACUAUCCUUAAAAUGUUUAAUUUAGUUUCCUUAAAAAAAAAAGGCCAUGACUGAAAUGUUAUAUUACUGUGCUAUCUUUAGCUGAUGCUAUUCGUCGAGUCUGGAAAAACACAAGUCAGUGCAUGCAUUAAUACUCCAUUAUACCACAGAGCACUGGCCUUCAUUCAAGGGCUAAAUAAGACACAAGGGUCUGAUUUUCAAGCCCCACACGGAAGGGCAUGUUUGUCCUGUGGCAUGGAUUAUCUACUAGAACAUCAGAGGGUCUCUGUGAGAUGAGUGGUUUGUGUCCAGCUUCCAUUCUGACUCUCAUUGGUAAGCGAUUAUCCCCAAACUCCACUGAAUAGACAGCCUAAGCCCAACAAAGGAAUACUUGCCUUGCCAAAAGUAUGCACCAAUGACCUAGCGGUUAGGCAGGGGUGUGUGUGUGUGUAGAGUUUUUGCUUUUUUUUAAGGUUUAGAAAGGAAGCUCUACUUUGAAAAUGGAUCUUGUUUAACUUUGUAGUUGGAUUUCCAUAUUUGGAUGGGCGCCUCCUCAUGCUAGUGGGGUGCCUUUUAUACCCAAGCUGGAGGUAUUUUGCCUUGUCCCAUCUCAGUGACAGUGAAAUGUGAGAGUAUCAGUCUGAUGCUCCUUUUGUUCCCUCCCUUCCACUCAUGUACGUCUGCGCCAGAGAGUCUGACAUUCGCAUGCUGCUGCUCCCCUGGGAAUGGACUGCACAGAGCAGAGGAACCAGAACAGAUGGGAGCAUGGACCCAGAGAAGUGAACCUGGCUGGACUGGAAAGAUUGUGAUCUAUUUUUCCAAGAAGUUGUUAGGGCUUAAGAGGCUAUAUUUCUCCUCCAUUCACUUCAUGGUAUUUUCAUCCCCACAUUGUACUUUAUGGCUGUGUGACACCCCCUUCUCCCAACACAAACCAGUUCUUUCUUUAGACAAUGGAGGAAAAUAAAGCAUUGCUGUAGUACUACCUACUGUCUGGAAAGAAAUAGACCUCACAAAGCAUGAAGUAAAAAACAUGCCCACCCCUGUGAUGUUGAAGGUACCAAGACCCAAGACUUACACAACAUCUGUGGCUAACGAACAGUUCGGGAAAUAGGGCGCAUGCUCCAAUUUGUUACAUAAUGUGCAUAAAGGACUUUGAACCAGACUCAACUAACUUGGUGAAGAGGUUGAAAGAUUUCUACGUUGAAAUGGGGAAGCACUUGUUUGCAUUUGAUUUUUGUAUGACUUUAUAUUAAUUUUUUCUCCUUUUUAAAAGUAGACAUGCUGUCAUCAUCAUGGCAUACUUUGGUGUGAAUUCUUUGAAAGAUAUAUGAAUACUUUCAUUUUCAUUCAUUUUAUGGAUGUUAUUAUUAGCAUUUUUGAUAUUUUAGAGCGAAGGUUUAACUCCUUAUUUAGUUCCCUUUUUCAUUCCUCCUGUUUCGUCUGCCUCUGCUCCUGAAUUAGGCAAGGGUGUCAGUGUAUAAACACUGCUCAUUUAGGAAGGGCUAUCGAGCAGCUUUGUGAGAAUAGUGCAGGGCUAGGCAGUGUUUUGCUCUUUCCUGAAUGGAUUUCUGUGAGUCAGAACUGACUUGAAGACAUCUAACAAAAAUAACAAAGUCAAUAUAAGGAACUUCAGUUGGAAGACUCAUUUGUGAGAACAUAACUGAAAGGAAAAGGCAGGAUGCUUCACUGGGCAUGGUUGUUAUACCCAGCUCAGCUAUCAUUUCCCUAUCACUCAACCAACCACCACUGAAAGUAGCAAUACAAGCAUUAGAUUCAGCAUAACGGAGGCUCAUAUUUCACCACUUUAGAUGCACCCAGUUUGCUUUAUUUUUAAUACUCCUUCUCAUUUUUCUUAGUUAGAAAUAAAAUCCAUCUUAAAUAUCACAACUCUCUCCAAAAGUCUUUUCUGGGUAGAAUUAAUGAUUCCCAAAGGAAAUUUCUUCUUUCCUUAAACUUGAUUCUGUAUUAUUAGAUACUGUCUUAAUUAUGUAGUGUUCUUUAACAGAAAUACCACACUCUCGCACGCUAGAAGUCUGAGUUUAGGGUACCAGCUUUAGGGCAAAGCUCUUGUCACUUUGAGUUUCUGUUCCUGGUUGAUCUUCAUAUGACUUGGUGCAUGGCUUUGCUCACCUCUGCUUGCUUACUUAAUUACUUUUGCAUCUCAAAGAACUUUCGCUCAAGAACACUCUUCGCUAAUCUUGUUUUAUUAAGAUAACCAAGACAACCCAUUCCCCAAAUGAGAUGGUAACCACAGGCAUAGAGGUAAGGAUUUACAACAUAUAUUUUAGGGUGGUAUGGUUCAAUCCACAGUAGAUGUUGAGCUCCUGGGUUAGGUUCUGUUUUCCCAAAUUGCUCUCAAUUUUCUCAAAUAUGUUCCAUUUUAGUAACAUUUUUGUGCGUGUGUUGAUGGUCUUUAAAGGGCAGUUUUAACUUCCACGAUUCAAUUAUUCUACUAUCACCUAUUAACAGAGCAGAAGCCUCUUAUACAUGAGUAAACAUUUGAUGUUUUGUGAUCAACUACUUGUCAAUGUAUCCUUUUGGUGAGGUUUAUCAAUAUAGAUCAGAAAUAAAAAUGGAUUCAUAAUGGGGUGACUAUAUAUGCUGGAUAUUUUUGUUUCUGAACAUAUUUUCAUUUAGUUGUAUCUCUGUGCCUUAUAAAUAUGUAUAACAGUCAUUGAUAUGUAUUAUAUUGAGAAAUAAACAUGGACUUAAUUUA